AUCGUACUUGAACGGCAGUUUGCGGUUUGGCAGGUUUAUAUACAUCAAAACAGAACAAAGAGACAGAGCUAUAAAGGAGGAGAGGAGGAGAAAAGAAUAAAGCGAGGGGAGAAAUCUCUGCGAGUGAAUUACAAAAGAAGCGAGGACGCUCUGCUAAAUGUUUUUUCUCAUCCCAAAGAGGACAUAAAUCGGGACUUUGUGGAGAAUUUACUCUUUAUUUUCCGCCUUGAAGUUUGUCUGGGACCUUUUCCUUUUUUUCAAAUAUAUAUAUAUAUAUAUAUAUAUAUAUAUAUAUAUAUAUAUAUAUAUAUAUAUAUAUAUAUAUAUAGUCGUUGUUUUUAUUUUUUAUUUUAAUGUCCUUGCAAAAGUUUCCAAUUGCUUUAAAAGAGCUUUAUUUUUCCAUUUUCCUUUUUUUACGCGACUUCUCAUGGAUGGACAGAAUGUUGUAAACACGGAUUUUAUGCAACUUUCUGUUUUUUGAAGUCCAUGGUGUUUGCCAAAAAAAGAAAGAGACUUUUAAAGUUUGAAUAAUUCAUGAGAUACAAUUUUCCUGCUCGAAAGAAGUGACUGUAGAAGAAGAAAAAGAGGAGAAGGGGGAAAAAGGGAGGGGGGUUAUCUACAAAUAUAUUCAUAAGGGUUGACGGAAUGGCCACCGCCGCGUCCAAUCCUUAUCUACCCAGCAAUAGCAUCUUAUCGUCCGGCUCCAUCGUGCACUCUGACUCCGGAGGUGGGGGCAUGCAGCCGGGCAGCGCUGCGGUUACUUCUGGGUCCGGGGGCUACAGAGGAGACCCCUCGGUUAAGAUGGUGCAGAGUGACUUUAUGCAGGGGGCCAUGGCAGCGAGCAACGGGGGACACAUGCUGAGCCAUGCCCACCAGUGGGUGACGUCGCUGCCGCACGCCGCGGCGGCGGCUGCUGCAGCCGCGGUUGCUGCAGCUGAAGCCGGCUCGCCCUGGUCGACGAGCCCCGUGGGGAUGACGGGCAGCCCGCAGCAGCAGGACGUGAAAAACCCCGCCAGAGACGAUCUGCACACGGGCACCGCUCUGCACCACAGGCCGCCUCAUUUAGCGCCCCAUCACACUCACGCCGGCACGUGGGGGAGCACCACCGCGGCGCACAUCAACUCCAUCUCCGGCGGGCAGCAGCAGCAGCAGUCGCUUAUCUACUCCCAGCCCGGGGGGUUCACUGUGAACGGCAUGCUGAGUCCGGGUGGGCAGACCUUGGUGCACCCGGGACUGGUGAGGGGCGACACCCCGGAUCUGGAACACGGCAGCCACCACCAUCACCAUCACCACCAGCACCCGCACCACCAGCACCACGGAGGGGUCAACAGCCACGACCCCCACUCGGACGACGACACGCCGACCUCGGAUGACCUGGAACAGUUCGCCAAGCAGUUUAAGCAGCGGCGGAUCAAGUUGGGCUUCACGCAGGCGGACGUGGGCCUGGCGCUGGGCACCCUGUACGGGAACGUUUUCUCUCAGACCACCAUCUGCAGGUUUGAGGCGCUGCAGCUGAGCUUCAAGAACAUGUGCAAACUUAAGCCUCUGCUGAACAAGUGGCUGGAGGAGGCCGACUCCUCCACGGGGAGUCCCACGAGCAUCGACAAGAUCGCAGCGCAAGGGAGGAAGCGCAAAAAGCGCACGUCCAUCGAGGUGAGCGUGAAGGGGGCUCUGGAGAGCCACUUCCUGAAAUGCCCCAAACCUUCCGCGCAGGAGAUCAGCACGCUGGCGGACAACCUGCAGCUGGAGAAGGAGGUGGUCAGAGUGUGGUUUUGCAAUAGGAGACAGAAGGAAAAGCGGAUGACGCCUCCAGGAGUGGCGCAGACGCCGGAGGAUGUGUACUCUCAGGUCGGCAAUGGGCAUUUUUUAGUAGAUUACUUAAAAGAUGCAAGUGAAGCGAGCGACCAGAGGGUGACAACCACAAGUUCAUUCCACCAGGUGAUUCUGGCGCAUUGAGACACACCAAGGAGGAAGUAUUUCUUUUGAUUCUUCUUUCACCACCCCCGUUUACCUACUUUACCUUUUUUUCUUACAUUUUUUUUAAAUCCUCCUCUAAUAUGAGACAAACUGCAACAUCCACGACGCUUCCAUCUUUUCCCCCCCGAAAUUUUCCCCACAAAGACGCGCAGAGGAUUAGAGAUUUGUCAUCUCAACCCCCCCCCCCCCUUUUCUCCCCAUUAUUUCUCAUUGAGAAAAAAAGGACCACAGGACUGUCUGUCCCCACGCCUGAUCUCAAAGAUCAGUCCCCUCUCUUUUUUUCCUCUCUUCGUUUUUUUAAUUAUUUAACGGACUCCAUGGAUGGAUUCUUCCUUUUCUUAUCCCCAAACCUCCAAAAGACGUUUGUAAAAGACUUCAGCUGCACUUAUUUGAGGAAAAACAAACUGAAAAAGAACAAAAAAAAAUCUGUGGCCAAGUGUGACUGAGUGGGUGCUGUGGAUAUUCUAUCAAUGCUGCCCUUUGUAAGCAGUAUUCUUUGGUAGGUUUUAAUAAACACACAAGAAAAAACAGACAAAAAAAUCAUAAUAAUCUUCUGUAAAGCCGGCAAUAUAGAUCACUAGAUCAGCUGCUGAUCUGUGUUUAUUUACUUUUUUCAUCAAAGUGUUUUAAUAUUUUAUUGGGAAUACACAUGAAUUAUUCCAGGUAAUUUAUUUGUGUAAGAAGCCCCCCUCCUCCUUAUUUUCUGUUUUUAUUUUUUAUUUUCUAUUUUUCUGUCUAUUUUAUUUUUGUUUCUAAGGAGCACAAAUCACCACGAUGACCGAUGUCCUAGGGUUUAUAUUUUGAUGUGAUCACCUGAUUGUAAUUUAAUUUCAGUAGUGGUUCCGUAUACGAGCUGAUUGAGACACAAUAAAUUUGCUAGAAUGAACUGCUCUCUUUGUUGUUCUGGGGACUUGUUUUCUUGUGUUAUUUUAUUGUUUUUGGAAAUAAAAUUGUAAAAAAAAAA